GGUGGUACUGAAAGAUACAUCAAUAGACGUGGUAAACAACACGGAGGCCUGAGAUAUUUGAAGACAAAAACGCAGAAACGCUUGUUUAUUCGAAUAUUUUUUAUUAUAAUAGCUGCAGACAUUGCGGCUCCGUGGUGCUCCGUUACUUCCUCGUUGUUCUAAGAUCAAUGCGUAGCAGACUUUCUCGAUUCAAGGAUAAAGGGUUCUCUAUGACUUCUGUUUAUGUGCAUGUUUGCCAGGUCGCGUCAGACACCCCCACAUACAUGAGUCCUAUUUUCUCCUUAAGCCGGGCCGAGCGCCAUGCCUGAUCGAGACAGUUCCUACCUGUCAGGUGGUGGUGGGAGUUGUGCCAUUCUGGUUGACGAAGGUCCUGGUUCUGGUUUGGCAGGGGGCUCGGCAGACGUUGGCGGAAGCGUGUGUGGCUCAGAGGGCAUGGGGGGCGGAGCGGCGCUUGGCAAUGGCAGCAGUGGGGUCGGAGGCCAAGGAGCAGGUCUGGCAUUAGACGGCAUCUGCAGGGACUUUAUACGCAACGUCUGCAAGAGAGGGAAGCGCUGUCGUUUUAGACACCCGGAUGUCAAUGAGGUUCCAGACUUGGGAGUCCAAAAGAACGAAUUUAUUUUUUGUCACGACCAUCAAAAUAAGGAGUGUUUGCGCGCCAGCUGUCGGUUUGUCCACGGCUCAAGAGAAGAUGAGGACUAUUACAAGAAAACUGGAGCACUGCCCCCCCGUCUCAGAGGAAAAGUUGCAGCACGACUCGGACUAUCCCCAAUGGACCUCCCCCACAGCCGCGGCGAGGUUCCCAUCUGCAGAGACUUCCUUAAGGGAGAGUGCCAAAGAGGCAAUAAGUGUAAAUUUCGCCAUGUGAAAAAAGACUACGAGUAUGAACCUUCAUGGGCUGGAGUGGGUGCCAUUAUGGGUCAGGGGACCAGUGGGGUGGUAAAUACUGGAGGAGGGAUGGGUGGGGGAGGGGUCACCUGUGGAGCAAUGCAGGGACUUGUGGGAGGUGGAAGUGUUGGUAAUAUAAUGGGGACUGGCUGCCCUAGCCUUGGGGUUUGCAGAGAUACAGCUAUCUCAGGAGUCGGUGGAGUAGGAGGAAGUGGCAUGAGCGGUUGCCUGUCGCUCGGUUCUUCUGGCCAGCGGCGAUACGAUAGGAGCUCUGUGUAUGAACCACUGCUUGACAGUGGGCUGCUUGAGGCCAGCUCCUUGGAGGCCUCAAUGGACCACACUUCCCUGCAGCUGAAGAGACGACGGCUGGAGGGGCUCCGUCUGACAGAUGGGAGUGGAAGUGGACAUUAUGAGUUCGGGGUUCAGGCCACCCUGCCAUCUCGUCCUUUGGAGUACAGAUUCCUCGAAGAAGAAAAUGCUCUGCUGAGGAAGAGAGUGGAGGAGUUGAAGAAACAGGUUACUAAUCUCCUCGCCACAAAUGAGGUUCUUCUCGAGCAAAACGCCCAGUUCCGAAGCCAAGCCAAGGUGAUGACCCUGUCCUCCACACCUGCCCCCACUGAGCAGAAUCUGGCGCCCCCUGUUGGUGCUGUCAGCUCCUACAACCACAGCAUUGCCCAGACCCACACUACGCUGAGCAGUGCCGGACUGCAGCCUCGACCCGUCACCCAGCAAGACUUGGUCGCUCCCACCGGUGCCCCCUCUGCACCCCCAACUAAUGCGGCCCCACCAACGGCCCCCCACCUCAAUCCUGAGAUCACCCCUCUUUCAGCUGCCCUGGCGCAGACCAUCGCCCAAGGGAUGGCCCCGCCUGUUUCCAUGGCCCAGGUGGCGGUGUCCGUGGCACCUGUUGCUGUGUCCAUGACCCAGCCUCUGCCGGGCAUCACCAUGAGUCAUGCCACCACCCCUAUGGUGUCGUACCCCAUUGCAAGUCAGAGUAUGAGGAUCACCACCCUGCCUCACUGAAGAAACCUAGCAGACUGUAGGACCCUCAACUGGAAGCUGCUCUUUUUAUAUUUAAGACUAAACUGAUGGCUGAACUUUAAUCAUCCAAAGGAGGCUAGAAUAAAAAACUAAAUGACUUUACAACACAUGGUGGUGUAAUGUGACUUUACUGAACUGCUUUUCUGUCUACUUUUCGAUUUGAGAUGAUGCCGGGCGGGCCACAAGCUCAAUGGACCUUUUUUUUAAUUUAAAAAAAAAAAGUCAACAGCCACAGAAUGCGUGACGUUUCCAGACAGAGACUGCUUUGUGUCCGUUGUUUCUGUCGGUUGCUCUUAUGUAAACAUAACUUUGGUACUUUGCACAUUAAAGCAAACACAAAAAAACAGUAA